CUUGAUAAUAACAGAUUUACAGAUACCAGAUAUUUUACAGAAGCUUUUACUUCAGAUCACAGUUGGUAAAACUGGGAUCCUCUUCACUUACAGUCAAUCUGUUAUACAUUCAAAAAAUGACAUCUUUUGAUGAUAUUUUAGAAGACAUAGGACAGUUUGGUUUGUUCCAAAGACAGAUGUUCAUUCUCAUGUGCCUCAUUUCUGCUGUGUUCACCCCAAUAUACGUAGGCAUUGUGUUUCUAGGCUUUGUGCCUGAAUUUAGGUGCAGUAAUCCUGUGGUUGAAGACUUAAAGGACAAAUGUGGUUGGAGCCUUGAAGAGCAGAUAAAUUAUACUGUUCCACUGCUGGAUGACUCCACUCAGACCAGUCAAUGUCUUCAAUAUGAUAUUGACUGGAACAGGACAUCCCUGAGUUGCAUCGACCCAUUAAGGAAUCUUACUAAAUCUGGUUACAGCAACAUCACUUUUACCAGUUGUACAAAUGGUUGGGAUUAUGACACUACUGGGUCAUCUAUAGUAACAGAGUUCAACCUUGUAUGUGAUGACGCUUGGAAGCUGGAUCUGUUUCAAUCAUUUGUGAACCUUGGAUUCUUUAUUGGCUCUAUAUUUAUUGGAUAUAUUGCAGACAGAUUUGGUCGCAAACCAUGCUUAUUAAUAUCACUCUUCAUCAGUGCUGUGUUUGGUGUCCUUGUGGCAUUUGCUCCAACAUAUCCAUGGCUUGUUACCUUUCGCUUCAUUCAAGGAUUAGUUAGCAAAGGCAGUUGGUUGUCAGCAUAUGUUCUAGUUGCAGAAUUUGUUGGCUUGGACCACAGAAGAACAGUAGGAAUUGUGUACCAAGUGGCAUUCACUGUUGGACUUCUAGCAUUAGCAGGAGUGGCCUAUGGCAUUCCUAAUUGGAGAUGGCUGCAACUUGCUGUCACUUUGCCAAACUUUUUGUUUUUAACAUACUACUGGUGUGUUCCAGAAUCCCCUCGAUGGCUCAUCUCCCAAAACCGUACAUCUGAAGCUAAUGCAAUUAUCAAGCAAAUUGCUAAGAGAAAUAAGAAAAAAGUUCCAGAUGCUCUACAAAGUCUAAUGGAAAAAGAAGAAACAGACAAUAAGAAAGUUCCAUCUUUUGUAGAUCUUUUCAGAACACCCACAAUCAGAAAAUACACAUUUAUUCUUAUGUACAUCUGGUUUUCUUGUGCAGUUAUUUACCAGGGGCUAAUAAUGCACAUGGGAAGUACAAGCAGUAACUUUUACUUCGACUUUUUUAUCUCUGCUUUGGUUGAAUUUCCUGCAGCCCUAAUAAUAAUUGUUACAGUGGAUCGUAUUGGACGACGGUACCCAUGGGCAGUGGCGUGUACAAUAACAGGGUUGACAUGUCUAGUUACUGCUUUUGUUCCUGAAGAAAUCUCUGGGCUCAGGAUAGCACUUGGAUGUGUAAGCAGAAUGGGCAUUACAAUUUCUUACGAGAUGAUUUGUUUGGUCAAUGCUGAGUUGUAUCCAACUUUUAUCAGGAACCUUGGCGUAAUGGUCUGCUCAUCCAUGUGUGAUCUUGGUGGAACCAUAACACCAUUCAUUGUUUACCGGCUAGCAAAUAUAUGGAAAGAAUUACCACUUAUAGUAUUUGCUGUUAUAGGAAUAAUUUCUGGGAUACUUGUGUUGUUACUCCCUGAAACAAAAGGAUGUGCACUUCCAGAAACCAUUGAAGAAGCAGAGCAUUUGCACAAAAAAAAUGAGUUGCAAAAAUUAAACAUUUCAUAUCUGGAAGUAAAAUCUAAAGAAUGAUAAGUGGUGAAGAAGGAAAUUUUUUCUAACACCAAAAGUAAUAAUAAAAAUAUAAAAUGGCCCAAGCUUGGAUCAUGUACAUUUUUUUCUAGCAUAAAUGGGGAACGCUGUAGUGUUCUAUAAUGGAAGUUCCUAAGGUUAUAAAUUAAAGGGGUAGUCCAGGAUUUUUUAAAAUUUGUCUAUGCUACAGGGGCUGUAAAUUAAUACAAAGAAAUAAAAAGGCAACAAAAGGUAAAUCAGGGUGAAGAAAAAGAUGGGUCCUUAGAGCACAACACCUACAGUAGCGUCUGGGAUGAAUGGAAAGCUGGACAGCUGCCACGAGGAACUUCCCAGAGUACCGGUAGCAAAGCAAUGGGAGGAAUGUAUGAAAAGGUGUUCCCCUCAGUAACUGCACUUUCACCGCUCCCCUGGUGCCGCCAAUAUCGCAGUCCCGUCCUCCGGUCCUGGUCUU